UCUUUAAUGUACAAAAUGUAUCAAAAUGGCUCUCAGUGGAAAAAGUUUGGACACCUCUGUUCUUGAGUUUGAGCGUUGAGAGAGUGUGUGUGUGUGUGUGUGUGUGCGCGUGCGCGUCCUUGUUGAACAGCUGCCUCAGGAUCCCAGCCUUUAGGGUGGGAUAUACUUUUUUAUUUUAUUCCAACAUGGGGUGACACCAGCAUCAUUUAUGGAUAUGUAUAUAAAAUAUACAUACUAUACGCAGAUAUGUUGAUUUUAAAAUGUAGGACGGAAAAAAAGAAAAAAAAUUCUCCUCUAUUUAUUGUUGUAAAUCCUCCAACAUGUUUUAAGUUGCCUAAUUAAGAGAAGUUUAAAUAUUGCAACAACGUGGUAGAUGAUGAGCAAUAAUCUGUAAUCUCCAAUAAAGAUGUACAAAACGUGAGAACUUUGUGAUGUUUCUUGCAUGGGGGAGGAUGUAUGUGUGGACAUGCAGCUGCCGAGGUCCGUCACGGCCUGGGUGACUUCAUCCAAGCCUCAGCUGACUGUCGGCCUUUAUUUAUCCCCUACCAAGACACUGACCUUUUUGUUGCCUUUUUUUUAUCGAUGCGGCGACAAUUCCCCCCUUGCUGCUCCAGUAUGUGCUACCAUACCCUCAUGUCAUCUUAAGAGGCUUUCCCUUGGCAGGAUGUGUACUGAGGUUGUCAGCAUAUCAAAUAUCGAACUAUGUCUUAUCCCUGUUGUCAAAUGGGACAAAAUGUGAAAUCCACACAUUAUAUGGUGCACAAUCUGAUAAAUGUAACAAAAAAUCUGCCUUAACAAUUCCAAUAAUGCCCAUUUUGCUUGCGCUAUUAUAGUUAUAUGCUUUUAGCCCUUAAGAUGUGCUUUAAAUAUACUCACAGAUUUAUCCCUAAUGAUGAAAAAUGUCCCCUUCCAACAAAUAUGCAUGAUUCUUGUCCACUUCCAAGGAGUAAGUCUUUCAAAAUUGAAACUUAUACACUAUAUAUACAUUUUAUUGUUGGAAAUAACUUUCCAUUCAGUUGUUUUUGUUAUUAUAAUUAUUAUUAGGUCCUCAGAUGGCUCAAUGAUUGACAGCAAUAUUUAUUUUCAUGCUUAUUUUUCUCCUGUGUCAUUAAAUAAUAAAAUAAAAAUCACCUUCGCAACAGCUGCUUUAAGUCAUUCAAUUCCAGCCAUUUUUCAAAAGACAACCCCUUCAGUACCAGGCCAUGUUAGACCAUUUGACUGAUCUUUGAAGGCACACAGAAUGUUGUGUUCUAUGGCUAUAUAAACAUGGAACAUAUCAAAAGAAAGAUUAAAUAAGACUCCUGUCUUUCAUCAUUUAAAAAAAGUUUGUUUCUACCCUUUUCCGUUCUUUAGUAAUCAGCAGUGGAACAUAGAUGUGUUUCAGGAAAAUAACAGUUCCCGACAAACGGGGCAAAAAACAGCUCUUUGUGAAAGGAUACAUUUCAAGCAUAGCUUUCACUUUGACACAUUUUUUUUUUUUUGCUUUUGUGACAGCUCAAAUAUAUAAACAACUAUACCACAAAACAAAAGAGGUUGUUUUACAUCAAAAUAAUUUAUUUACAAUUUUGGAACUAAACUGCGUGUGCACGUGUGUGUGUAAUGCCUUAAAAUUUUCCUACAAUGCGUAACCACCUGCACGCUACACUCCAUGCUCUUCCUCUUCCUCCUUGCUGUCGAGUGUGUUUUUACAUAUGAAUGAUCUAUGCCGAGCUCUUAUCAAAUGCACUUCUGCCACAUUGUGGCCGUUUUCAUGGCUUAAAACUGCGCUCAAAGUGACAUCCAUUAGUGUGCAGUUGCGUCAUCGCUUCGUUUUGCCUCUUGCGUAAAAAAACGUAAAAGAAGUACAAAUACGUGUUUUGGAUUGUGUGUUCUGCUUUAUAAAAAUGUAUAAAUAUGUCUUUGGUAUUGAAUGAGUAAAAAAUACUCUGUAUUCAAAUUAUUUGACAUAAUUUUCCUGCCUGCUUUGAAUGGGGGAAAAAGUAGCACCACACGGUGGACACACAUAAACAUUACAAAUUUUGAAAGCCAGUAGUUCGAAUUGAAAUUCUAACAAAGGUUUGUACAUUAGUUCUCGUUCAGAUCAAAAAUGAUAUUUGCAAUGGGACAUUUUUUGCCAUUGAGAAUAAAUGUCAUUUGUUUUGCCAUUUUAAGUUAAUUUAAGGAUGGAGAUACAAGGCAAAACUGUGUUCAAUGUCCACUUUGGAGAUGAAUUAAAUGUAACGCUUGUCACAACAGUGUUCAUAUGCUUUUUCAUGUGUCGUUUUGCUAUCAUCAUUCCUAUCUAGCCCCGCCCCCCGAGGCGAACAGGGACAACGAAUCAAACACACGUUGAAAAGCAAAGGGGCGCGAACGCGACGCGGACACCCUCCUGUCAACUUGUCCUCCGGCUGCUCCGGUUGUCUCUCCGCCGCCCGGCAUGCUCUCUUAGCCCUUUGGGCCGUAAAAUAAAGAUGCAGGCGGAGGACAUGGAGGUACCUUUGCUGAAUAACCUGAACGAUAACGGCGACAGGCUGAGGUCGAAAGGGAAAGAUGUGUUCAAGGAUCAGCAGAAGGAGUCGGAGAGCUCCAUGGAGUCUCCCAACUUGGAGUUUGACUACGGAGACACGGACACGCUCACGGCUGAGCUCUCAGAGCUUUACAGUUACACGGAGGAGCCGGAGUUUGCUUUGAAUAGAGACUACUUUGAGGAGGACUUCAGGAGCCAUGCCCGAGGCCGCAGGUGGAUUGAUCUGAGCGCUGAUGAGCAGCGUGCCUACGUGAUGAGACUCCUUAAUGCUCUGGAGGUGACCGACAGGGACAAGAGGCUGAAGGUGGCCCGGGCCAUCCUCUACCUCGCUCAGGGGGUGUUUGACGAGUGCGACGCAGAGGUAGAUGUGCUCCGUUGGUCCAGACACAACGUCUUCCUACUGUACGACAUGGGCAUCUUCACGGCGCUGCUGGAGCUUCUCAGCAUGGAGAUAGAUAACAACCAGGCCUGCAGCAGCGCAGUGAGGAAGCCUGCCAUCUCUCUUGCAGACAGCACAGAGCUCAGAGUGCUGCUGAGUAUCAUGUACCUGAUGGUGGAGACCAUUCGGGUUCAGACGGAGGAUGACAGACCAGAGUGGAGAGCAGCCAGGGAGGCCUUCAAGAAUGAGCUGGGUGCGCCUCUGUACAACGGCGAGCCUUUUGCCCUGCUCCUCUUCAGCAUGGUGACCAAGUUCUGCAGCAUGAACGCACCACAUUUCCCCAUGAAGAAAGUACUGCUGCUCUUAUGGAAGACCAUCCUGUUCACCCUGGGGGGUUUCGAGGAACUCCAGGAGAUGAAGGUGCGGGGCCGCGAGCGUCUCAACCUGCCCCCGCUCCCUGAAGACAGCAUCAAGGUGGUGAGGGCUAUGAGGGCGGCCUCGCCUCCAGCCUCCGCCAUGGAGCUCAUCGAGCAGCAGCAGCAGCAGAAGAGGGGGCGACGCAGUCGAAGGAGUGCCUUUGUUGAUAGCUUGGAAGGAGACAGUCCCUUUCCCAAGAAGCAGCCGCUGGUCAAACAGGACAGCUUGGACACAUACAACGAGCGGGACCCCUUCAAGAACGACGACGCCCGCGACGAGGAGGAGGACCCCGAGGACGCAGACAGCGGCAUCGAAGGCGAAGUGGACCCCUUGGACCGCGACGUCAUCAUCCAGCCCCCGCCUCCGCCGCCACCUCUCCGACCCCCGACAGAAAGGGUGAACUUCCCAAAGGGCCUCCCUUGGGCUCCGAAAGUCAGGGAAAAAGAUAUCGAGCACUUCCUGGAGACAAGUCGCAACAAAUUCAUCGGCUUUACUCUGGGAAAUGACACUGAGACCCUUGUUGGCCUGCCCAGACCAAUCCAUGAGAGUGUGAAGACUCUCAAACAGCACAAAUACGUCUCCAUCGCUGAGGUGCAGAUGAAGCGUGAGGAGGAGCGACAACAGUGUCCAUUCAGCCUGGGCGAGGAGGAAGUGGAGGAGACGCCUGCAGAAGUGCUGUACCUGGGGAUGCUUCCAAACCUCUCCCAAUAUGUGAUUGCCCUGCUUAAGCUGCUGUUGGCUGCAGCGCCGACCUCUAAAGCCAAAACAGACUCCAUUAACAUUCUUGCUGAUGUGCUGCCUGAGGAGAUGCCAAUCACCGUCCUCCAGAGCAUGAAGCUAGGGAUUGACGUCAACCGCCACAAAGAAAUCAUCGUCAAGGCCAUAUCGGCUCUGUUGCUGCUCCUCCUCAAACACUUCAAGCUCAACCACAUUUAUCAGUUUGAAAUAGUCUCCCAGCACCUGGUGUUUGCCAACUGUAUCCCACUCAUCCUCAAGUUCUUCAACCAGAACAUCAUGUCUUAUAUCAGUGCCAAAAACAGCAUAUGUGUGUUGGACUUCCCCCACUGUGCUGUCCAUGAGAUGCCUGAGCUCACCGCUGAAAGCUUGGAGGCGGGAGACAGCAACCAGUUCUGUUGGAGAAAUCUGUUCUCCUGCAUUAACCUGCUUCGAACCCUCAACAAGCUGACCAAGUGGAAACACUCACGGACAAUGAUGUUGGUGGUUUUCAAGUCGGCCCCCAUCCUGAAGAGGGCGCUGAAGGUCAAGCAGGCCAUGAUGCAACUCUACGUACUAAAGCUGCUGAAGAUUCAAACAAAGUACCUGGGCCGGCAGUGGAGGAAGAGCAACAUGAAGACAAUGUCGGCCAUCUACCAGAAGGUCCGCCACCGGCUCAAUGACGACUGGGCCUACGGGAAUGAUAUCGACGCACGACCUUGGGACUUCCAAGCGGAAGAGUGCGCCCUGCGUGAGAGCAUCGAGAAGUUCAACAGCCGGCGGUACGACAAAAACAAGAAUGGCGAAUUUGCGCCCGUGGACAACUGCCUGCAGAGUGUGAUGGGCCAGCGCGUGGACCUGCCCGAAGACUUCCACUACAGCUACGAGAUGUGGCUGGAGAGGGAGGUUUUCUCGCAGCCCAUUGAGUGGGAGGGGCUCUUGCAGGAGCAGUGACGCAGGGGGGAAAAGAAAAGAUGGCUGCUCUGAGCGCACACGGACAAAACCACCAAGAACUGAGGUAGCGGUUGAUUAGAAACAUCUGGUAGCAACCACUUUAACUGCCCCUGCACUCUUCUUAUGCAGUCUCUUUUUAUGCCGUUGGUGCUGCUUUGACUCCUUACAUAUUUCUACGGAAGUACGUGUGUUUCCAGUCUAAAAGAUGUACAUUUAUCAUACAUUUGUCUUUAUAUACCAUUUUUCUUUACAUUGUAGCUCACAAAGCCUCUGUGUUGGUUGAUUGUUGAAGUUUUUAAUGUUUUUUAGGGUGGAAAAAGGCUUUUGAUUGCCCAAAUGUGAUAGAAGCAUGCACUGUUUAAUUGAAUGUGUUGCCAAAACAAGACACCAGCUGUAAAUUUGGGACAAUUUGCUAAUGUAGGAGGUAAAUCUAAUUAAUUUUCAACAUCACGGGGGUCCAAACCUUUUGAAAAAUUGAAUUGUGUGGGGGCCACUUUUAUAUUCUUCACAUUUGAAUUAAUCAAGCACGCUAUAAACAAUACAAUUGUUACUAUUUAGGCAACUAAAUUGCCUUUUUUAGGGCUUCAACAUUCUCACAAUCUUAACAAAUCUUGGGAACGUGUGUAUCCUAGCAAAAUGUUUUGCAGGUACCGGACGUGACCCCCCGCCCACAACCUGCUCAGUAGAGAGUGAAAAAUGGCCCUCGGGCUGGACUUUGUACACCCUUGUUUUAAGAUUUUAACACCAGAAGUGGUGUCAUUUACAUCCAGUACUAAAUCUGCCUGGCAACAGCACAGUAGAGCCACCUUUAAAUGAGCACAUGGUCACCACUAAAAUGUAUUUUUUCUACCUGACCUGCCAAAAAACAAGAGAUCCAGAGCUGUUAUGGGUAAUGGUCUCCAUUGAAGCACACAAACAAGCACAGAGGACAAACCGCGUUGUCAAAAUGUGUCCGUUGUUUGCCGCAAGGAGUCAUUCGUCUUUCUAUGUGCAAAUGUAGCAUGGCCACUCUUUGUUUUAUCAUUUAUUUUAUCAUCAUGAGGAGGAAAUGUGUCAGAAUAAGAAUAUAGAAUUCUAGAGUCUCAGGUUUACGCGGGUAAUUUAUUGCAAAGGCUUUAUUACUUGGCUCAUGAUGUAUAAUCUCUCACCCUCUGCCCUGUUAUUUCUGUGCCAAAUACAACUGCCAUUUUUAUUGCUUUUCUUUUUAUGGCUUCCAUAAUCAUAUGUUUUAAUGCAAAUGUUAUUUAUUUUCUACUUUAAAAAGGUAUAUGAAAACGGGCAUUUCUUGUCACUGGUAUUUCCAGUCUGUAUAAGAAAUACAAUUUGUACAGGGCAAUGUGCAAUUACAGAGCAGUGAGGCUUUAUUCAAUAUAAAGACAUAUACAUAACGUGACAGUUCCUUAUUAAACAAUAUAAAAAAUAUAUGACGGUUGGUUGCCUCCAAUUCUGCAAACACAAAAAAACAGAGGGUAUCGUCCUCAGACACACACAAGUAAGUUUUUUUGCACUAAUGAUCUUAGGUGGAUAUUACUCAACCGUUUUUGGGUCAGAAAAUGCGCACAUUUUGGAUGCAAUGCCCUCUGCAGCGUACAACGGUAUAACUGAAUAUAUUGUUAAUGCAUAAUCUUUUCACCAUAACCAAUCUUUUAUUGUUUGGAUGAGAAGAAAAAAACAUUUCAAUAAGAAAAAAUAAACAGGGCGUUGCUCAACUAUGUCGGCCUAUGAUCGCCACGUUCACGAGCGGAACUGGAAAGUGUGAAACAAAGUGUUAAAAUGU